UCCUUCCAAGAAACAACCCUUACUUACAAGCCUUAUACGUAUAAAUAUGCUAUCUCUAACUCUGCUCAAACACACAACAGAAAACACAAUGGAUCACAAGAAGAAGAAGCGCAACCUAUCACUCAAAGUAGUCUACAUCUCUAGCCCCAUGAAAGUCACGACCAGCGCCGCCAGGUUCCGGGCGCUGGUGCAGCAGCUCACCGGGAAAAACUCCGACAUCGGCCCCUACAUGGAUUCUGACGGCAGCGCCCUCGUCGACUACCGCGACCAUGACGGCACGCUGCUCCCGGACCGGCCUCUGCCCUCUCUCUCUAAUUCCGACACGUCGGAUUCCCUGCAGGAGGCUGUCGAUGAUGUCUUCGCUUCCCAAUUCUCCGGGAUUUUCUCGCCGGAGAUGGGCGACAUGUUAGGGACCUAUCAUGACUUGAUCAUCUGAAACUUUUCGCUGUUUUUUUUUUCCUGGGAUUAGAAAAUUUUGAGUUCGCUUUGACUAGUGAUUAUGUAGCUAAUGUUAGAUGCUUGUAAUUAAUUAAGGUGUGUUCAACUUCAAUCAACUAUACUUCAAAUCGUAAA